AUGGGAAAAGGUGUGGCCAAGUAUGGCUUCAAGAGUGGGGUUUUUCCCACAACUAGAUCCAUUCUGAAGAACCCCACUACAAAGCAGACGGAUAUCAUCAAUAAAGUGAAAUCGCCCAAGCCCAAAGGUGUUCUUGGUAUUGGGUAUGCCAAGGGUGUGAAACACCCAAAAGGUUCACAUAGAUUGUCGCCUAAGGUCGAGUUUAUUAAUGUAGAUACGCUUAUUGCACAGACUGUGGCCCAACCUCAGAGUAUCAAGUCCAGUAAUGGUUCAGCUCAGAAAAUAAGAUUACAGAAAGCAGAAUUGAGGAGGAAUUUUUUGAGUGAAGCAUUCCGCAAGGAGGAAGCUAAACUGUUGCAUCUACACGAAUAUAUGCAAAAGAAAACAAAGGAACUGGAAAUGGCGAAAGAAUUGGAGCUAGAAAAACUGAACAAGGAAAAAUCUUCAGAUUUGACUAUAAUGACUCUGGACAAAAUGAUGUCACAACCUUUUUUAAGGAAUAGGUCACCGGAGGAGACUGAACUAUUGAAGUUAAAAAGAAACUACAAUAGAUCACUACUAAAUCUCCGGACGUACAAGACAAAGCUAAACAAGCUAUUAAACCUAUACCAUGUUGCUAAUGAGUUUAUAGUUACCGAACCCCAAUUGGCAAAGAAAAUUGAUAAGGUAUUUAGCGAUGAAACGCAAGAAUUUUCCGAUGCUUAUGAUGUAACUUCCAACUUCACGCAAUUUGGUACCAGAAAAUCCCUUCUUUCAGGUAAUUCUACCUUACAAACCACAAUCAAUAACGCAAUAAUGGGUUCUUUGACAAACGAAAAGUUUUUCGAUGUUUCUCUGGUAGAUUCGUUCCUGAACAAAGAUUUACGAAAGAUUUCAGAUAGGAUAGAUUCCAAAUUAAAUCUCUCCUCCAAUGAAUCCGGAAAUGGAGAUAAUAAUACAACCACCUUGUAA